CAUUCUCUCGUGUUACUUGUCGUAGUGGUAAUGUCCUAUGUCCCGAUAACCACAUGUCGUGUGGACGAUGCACGUGUACCACGUGUUUAUUGUUCAUCAAGUGGGAUUACGUCAGAGAAUCUAUUAUCGGGAUGUAAUAUAGUUGAUUCUUCAACUUCACAAAAUGAUGAAAUGUUUUCAAAAAGAGGUAGGCGAUCGACUAUACCGGUGGAGAUUAGAGAAGAAACACGUCGACUUAAAAAACAGAAUAUGGAACGUCGACGACGUGCUUCCAUCUCAGAUAAAAUGAAGGCUUUGCAUAGUUUAGCUAUGGAGGUGAUUGGAAUUAAUCCUGAUGAGAGUCAGAAACUUGAGAAGGUUGAUCUUUUAAAUCUGUGUUACACCGUAUUCGAACGAGUUGCUGAUAUCGCUAAAGAUAAACCUGAACUACAAGCCCGUUUGAGGAAACUACGUCAUAGUUUGUAUGAAGUGACAUCUUCCUGUCCUACCAGGAAUGCCAUUCCAUCCUCCUCCUCCGCCUCCUGCCGCUCCUCGUCAUCAUCAUCCUCGACAUCAACAUCACGAUUGACGUCAGUGACGAAGAAACUGGAUGAAUUCACUGAAUCGUUGCAUAAAGUAGCAAUAGCAGCAGGAAAUCGAAAAGAAGACUAUGCGUCGUCGUCGUCGGUGAUGAAUAAACCUUCUGGAGAAGAAGAGGAAUAUUCUCUUAUGAAUACUAAUUCAUCUUCUAAAAUAACACGAAUACUACCAUCGUCUUUCUUCCAAUCAAAUUCCACUACCACUGCCACUAAUAAUACUAAUACCAUUAAUAUUUCUACUGCCACUGGUAACAUUCCUCAGUCUGGCCAGUUGGUGAUUGAUGAAGACAAUAAAGAGAAUAAGAUACCGAAAUUGAUAAUUAAAAAUACAUUUUCAAAUAAAAGUUGUUCAGUAGUGAAGACCAUUACCACGAAUACUGUUACAUCAACAACACCGACACCAACAGCAACAAUCCCUUUUAGUUGUAUGCACAAUUCAUCUUCGAUGUCCACCCCAUUGCCUUCAAUAUCAUCAUCAUCAGUAUUGUUUGUCGUGUGUUCAACUCCACCACUACCACCUCCUCCUUUUCGUGAGAGGAUGAUGACGAACAAUAGUCAACAACAUUCAAAUACUGAGAUACAUUCAUGGAAUAAUAACAACAACCAGUGGCUAUCAUCAACACCGUUAGGAGGACAUUGAAAGCAAUUGGAUUCCACACUGAAUAAUUCUGAUAGUGGAUUUCUCAGUGGUAACAAUAGUCAUUCAUCAGGUUCAAUAGAUAAUCGAAGAAAUCAGUUUGAUAUUGUCAGCGAUGAGUAUACUCGAUUGAUGGGAUCUACUAGACCUUUGAAUACACCGAAUGUUGUUCAUUCUUUGACUGAUUUACUCAUGAAUUCAACGUCACCACCGUUUCAAAAAUUUGAAGAUGAAGAAGAAUACACCACCAACAACAACAACGCUUUUCGGCAUUUGGUGUUCCUGUAAAGACUACGAGAGACUCUUUAAGCAGCAAUCCCACAUCGAAUUAUUUUCAUCGACAACAUGACACAAUGAUUUUCAAUCGCACCAAACCACCACUAACAACAACAACUCUACUAAUUUCGUUUCUUGUAAUUCUAGUCAUGACACCGUAAAGCCAACUACUACAACAACAUCGCCACCGAUAUGGAGACCAUAUUUAGACUAGAUUGAAGACCUACCUUAUUUUUCAUAUUAGCGCCAAAAAUCUGUUUCAAAUAUAUAGACACAUACAUACUUUUGGAAAACACUUUUCAUACUGUACAUGACUGAACCAUACAUCGUGAGUAAAUAGAUGUCACUCAGGAACUUACUUAUCACUCAUUAUUACUACACAUUGUACUCAACAAGAUUUUAUUUUGCUUAUCAAUUUUCGAGAUAAACGGGUUGUAACUUUCAAAUACAUUGUUACCUACUUUCGAUUUCAUGUAUGAGUAUACCUCGGAG